AGGCAGACAGAAAUGAACUUAAAACUCAAAGAAGACAUUCCGGUGCAGGAGGAAUUUGUUUUGUGUGGUGGAGUUAAAACGCAGGUUCUAAAAUGUGGGCCGUGGACUGACUUCUUUAAUGAUCAAAGUGUCAGCAGACCCAAACUGCUUAUUUUUAUUAUUCCUGGUAACCCAGGUUUUCCUUCCUUUUACGUGUCAUUUGCAAAGGCUUUAAACUCCUUGACAAACCGAUGCUUUCCAGUUUGGAUUAUCAGUCAUGCUGGUCAUGUCUUGGCCCCCAAAGACAAGAAGGUUCUUACAGCAUCAGAGGAUCCAAAUGCUCCAGACAUCAAGGACAUCUAUGGACUGAAUGGUCAAAUAGAACACAAACUAGCUUCCCUGAGAACUGAGCCAACUGACAUGAAGCUUGUGCUCACCGGCCAUUCAGUCAGCAGCUAUUUUGCUCUUCAGAUGUUGAAGUGUGCCCCUGAGCUUCCAGGGGCAGAGACAAGAUGGCUGACUGAAGCCAGCUUUCCACAGAGGCUCCCGUCCAGAAGGAGAGUUUAAGGACAGAAAUUUAGCAAGUAACCUGGUGGAUUAGAGCUGCACCAAGAGAGAAGGUUGAAGAACGCACAUCAACCCCGCUGAGGCAAGCUGCAACCCCAAGGAUACAAACAAAAGGAACAAAA